AUGACUACAAGAAGAAGAACCAGAAGAUCUGUACGGAAAACAAGAAAUAAGAUAGAUUAUGCAUUAGAUUUGGAUGAAUCUAUCUCUUCUAUGAAUAACAGUGGAGCUGAUUUUGUUUCCGAAGAGACAAAAGGUGUUGCUGGACGGACUGAUGGUGUAAAUACUAUGAGUGGUGCUGAAAAUAAUGAUCAUGUGGUUGAUAAUAAUGAUGACAAUAAAUAUGAAUUUGAAUACGAUGAGGAUGAAGAAGAGUUAUAUAACAAUUUAGAUGAUUUGAGGGAUCUGAUCGGUCAUAGUUCUGAUGAUGCUACUGAAAAUACUAAUAAGAAACAGAAUAAUUAUGGAAUAGACACAGACAAGCGAAAUUCAGGUGAUGAUGCGUCAGACUAUGCUAAUGGAAUCACUGGCGGAAAUUCAGAUUAUAAUAACGAAGAUGACUUUGUUGACUCAGAUGUUGUCGAUGAUGCAUUAUUAGCAGAGUUUUCUGACUAUGAUGGUAGUUCAGAUGAAGAUGAAGGUGAUUUCAUGGAUGCUAUUAGGGAAGCUAAUAAUUUUAACAUUAAGAAAAAAAAUAGAAGAGGUAAAAACAAAUUCAGAAGACAAAGACCGGUGGAUCCAGAAGUAGCUCAAUUAUUAUCUGAAGCCAAUGAAGCCUUUGUGAGAAAUAAUCUACCUACUGCAGAAAGAUUAUUUAAUAAAAUUAUUAAGAAGGAUCCCAGAAAUUUCGCUGCAUACGAAACGUUGGGUGAUAUUUACCAACUUCAAGGCCGACUAAAUGAUUGUUGUAAUUCAUGGUUCUUGGCCGCACAUAUUAAUUCUUCUGAUUGGGAAUUCUGGAAGAUUGUAGCUAUACUAUCGUAUGAUUUGGAACAUUAUAGACAAGCAAUUUAUUGUUUCUCUAGAGUCAUAAGUCUUAAUAAUGAAGAAUGGGAGUCUGUGUAUCGUAGAGCACUGUUAUAUAAAAGAAUGGGUCAAAUAAGGAAAGCUUUAAAAGGCUUUGAAAAAUUAUAUGAAAAUAAUCCAUAUGAUUCAAAUAUUUUACGUGAAUUAGCCAUAUUAAAUGUUGAUUGUAAUAAAAUACCAGAAGCUAUCAAACUUUAUAUGGAUGUGUAUGAAAUGAAUGUCAAAAGACGGCAAGCUAUCAUAGAAGCAAAUGAAAAUGCAGUAGAACUUUCAGAUGAUGACAAUAAUUCUGAAUCAGAUAUCGAUAAUGAGGAAUUAGAAGAAAUGUAUGAGGAAGAGCAAAAACUGUAUUUUGGAGUUAACUGGAAAAUAAUUAAUAAAAAAUACAGAUGUAUUCCAUUUGAUUGGUCUUCUCUUAAUAUUAUAGCGGAGUUGUCUUUAAAACUUGGUGAUAAAAAUAAUGAAAGUAUAAGGACUAUUAAGAAAUGUGCCCGUUGGAUACAACAUCGAGAAUUACAGACAUUUUGGGAUGAUGCAAUUGAUGAUUCAGAAUUUGAUAGUAGAAGAUUAAAAAGCACUAGAUUUGAUUCAUUACCUGAUGAAGAAAAGUCUAAAUCCUAUGUUUUACCGAUUGAUAUUAGAGUCAGAUUAGGACUUUUAAGAUUGCAAACUGAAAAUUUUGUAGAAGCAAUGAAUCAUUUUCAAUUUUUAUAUGAUGAAAAUUUCUCAGAUGUAGCUGAUUUAAAUUAUGAAGUCGGUGUAGCAUUAACUAAAGCUGAGAAGUUUCAGGAAGCCUUGGAUUUUCUGGCGCCCUUGUUAUCUCUCCCAGAUUAUGCCACUGUAGAAUUCUAUGAGAAUAUAGCCAAAUGUUAUAAAGAAACAGAAGAAUAUGAUACGGCAAGACAAUUUUUAGAGAGAAUCAUUGAAAUGGAUCCAGAAUCUCUGGAACAUAAAUUAAGUUUGGCAGAAGUUCAUUAUCAUUUAGGUAAUGUUGAUAUCUUCAAAAGUAUAUUAAAUGAAGUUACAGUUAUCAGAAAGAGACAAAAGGCUCAACUUUAUGGUGUGGUUGAUGAAAAGGAUAAAGAACAGUUAGAAAAAAAGGGUAGAGGGAAUGACCAAUUAGAUGAUAGAGAUGUCAGUAGUAAACCAUUGCUAGAAGACAGUAAGUAUAAGACUUAUACAAUUAAAAAGAAGAAAACACUGCAAGAUAUUGAACGUGAAAAGGCGGAGAGAGAAAAGAAGAUUACAUUAAAAGUGUUGGAGAAGUAUAAUAGUUUAAAAAAUUAUGAAAGAGAUAUUGCGGGUAACAAUAACGCACAAAUCAGUCAGUGGAUAAGAACAGUUUCAGAUCUGGUCGAUGUCUUCAGUUCUGUUAAAAACUUUUUCGUAAGAAGUAGAUCUAAAAAAUUCAUAGGUAUUAUUAGGAGGACCAGGAAGUUUCAUACAGUCGUCGAUUACCAAUUAGAAAGAUUAUCCCGUUUAUCAGAAGGUGAUCCACUUUCUGAUACUUUACCAAUAAUGGAAGAAAGAGUGACAUUAACAUCUACUAAGGAACUUCGUGGUUUAAGUUAUGAUCAAUGGUUCGAUCUAUUUAUGGAUUUAGCCUUGACAAUUACUAAAUAUAGAAGUGUUCAAGAUGGUUUGAGUGUGAUUGAUACAGCACAAGAAGUUAAUGUUUUUGUUCAAGAUAGUAAGAGAGCUAAAAUUAUGAAGUUUGUUAGACUUGCAAUAGUUUUACACUUGGAUGAUGAAGAGGAAUUGUUAGCAAAUCUAAGGUUACUAUUAAAUCAAUAUCAAUUCAAUAGAAAAAUAUUAUUGCUGUUUAUGUUUUCAUUGUCGCAUGGCAAGUUGGCUUCAAACAUAUUGACAUCUACCAUUCAACAGAAAUUUUUCCUUAGAUUAAUUAAAGCUUUUGAUUCUGUUAGAUAUAAUGUUCAUGUAAGGGGUCAAGCAUCUAUUACUAACGAUGUAGUGGAUAAUCCAGAGGCUAAACCAUCUCCAUAUAUCUACUAUAUAUACUCUGUUUUACUUUAUUCAAGUAGAGGGUUCCUCUCAGCACUUCAAUAUUUGAGUCAAUUAGAAAAUGAGAUUCCAGAUGACCCUACGGUUAAUCUUUUAUUGGGUCUAUCUCAUAUGCAACGUUCAAUGCAAAGACUUACCGCUGCUAGGCACUUCCAGAUACUACAUGGAUUACGUUAUCUUUAUCGUUACUAUGAUAUUAGAAAUACUAUGUAUACUGAUGUGGAAAAACAAGAGGCAGAUUAUAAUCUUGGUCGUGCAUUCCAUUUAAUAGGUUUGGUAUCAAUUGCUAUCAAAUAUUAUAGUAAGGUUUUAAAUGAUUAUGAAGAUGAGAAACUGAAAAAACAUGCAGCAUUUAAUUGUAUUAAUAUCUAUCAGGAGAGUGGUAAUACAGCAUUGGCUAAUUCACUUAUGGAGAAGUAUCUAAGUAUAUGA